UAAUUUUUAGCUUUCAAAUUGCAUGGAGCCGGAUUUCAAGCCAACAAUCUCUGAAGCGCAUCCAGAGACCAUGGAUUUUCUAUCGCCUGCUUGGUGCAACUUUGCAGUUCAAGCUAUCCAACCAGAGCUACAAGACCAAUCACUGGUUAUCCUGGACAACCCAAUUAAGAAAUUUGGAUAUGAUACCAAAGCUCCUUUCCCUAAGAUGGACCAGAGUGUUAAGGUGGAUGAUGCAGGUAUCAAGUCUCCACCCGCAUGGAAACCCAAUGACGUGAAGUCGUGGAUAUGGAUGCAGCAGGCAAUGCAUCCAGAAUUGAACUACAACAGCUAUUUCCGAAAGAAAUGGCUUUCAUGGAAAAUAAUGCCAUUUGGGAGCAGUGUUUCAAUCAAAAAAUGGUUCAAAGACAUAAAGCUAAAGAGAAAAGAAGAGGGCAGGCUGCAAAGAGCUGAAGUGCACGCAGCAAUAUCAGUAGCCGGCGUUGCAGCAGCACUAGCAGCCAUUGCAGCAGAAAGCUCAAAACAAGAUCAAUCCAACGCCACCAAGGAAUCUGCAGUGGCAUCUGCAGCUGCUUUGGUGGCAGCCCAGUGCGCACAAGUGGCAGAAGCCAUGGGGGCGAAGCGGGAGCACCUCAGCACUGUGAUGAGUUCAGCAAUGAGUGGUACAAGUGCAAGUGACAUCUUAACACUCACAGCUGCUGCUGCAACAUCAUUGAAAGGAGCAGCAACCCUUAAAGCAAGAGCAGGGUACAAGAACAGAUUGAAUGGAAGCGCACCAGUGUUGCCUAUAGAGGAAAGCAACGAACCGGACUCUGAUUUGGAAAAGCAUAGAACGAUGCUUGCCAAGGGCGCUCAACUCACCAUCCAUACAUCAGACGGGAGGUGCUUGCUGAGGUCAGUGUCCAUCAUCCUAAACAGCCAAGCCAAGGUUAUUCUCAAGAUAAGGAAGCUGAAUCUGAUGAAUACUUUUUCAAGCAAGAAGGAAAGCAUUAUACAGGACCUACAUGCGGAGCUUUACGAUGACUCUGAAGCUGACGAAACGAAUACCUGUUAUCUAAUCGUGUUAACGACAAAUCAUGGGACAAUUAAGCUAGACAUGGGGGACGAUUAUCAUCUAUACAAGAUAUGGGCCACAACAGUCAAUCAUAUGCUGACCCUCUCUACUUCUUUCACAAGAUAUGAACUUCAAUUUUAUAAAACCUAAAACAAAGGUUAAUCUUCAUUCAUCAUGUGUUGCCCUCAUCUUAAUUUCCUAUAUUUGUACUUUAAUUGUGUAACUAUAUGCUUAAUUAUA